CCUGCGCGAUCUCCUCACCCAUCCGCCCGUCCGUCCAUCAUCCAUCCGUCCAUCCGCACAUCCGUCAAGCCCGGCCAGACUCGCCUGCUCCUCCGCAAGCCUCGCUCGCCCAUUCUGCUCCGCUGACACACUCAUCUGCGCCGCUCUGCAUCAUGGGCUUCUUUGUAAAAGUACUGCACCACACCAUCCAGCUGCACCCCCAGCACUUUGGACCACACAUGCGGCAGUUCCUGACCCGGAGGCUCUACGAAGAGGUUGAGGGCACGUGCACGGGUCGCUAUGGAUACAUUAUCUCGGUCAUCGAUGUGCACGAUUACGGCAAGGGCGUCCUGCAGGCCUCGUCCGGAUACGCCGAGUUCGACAUCACCUACAAAGCUAUCGUCUUCAAGCCCUUCAAGAACCAAGUUUUUGACGGCAUCGUCACCACUGUCAACAAGAUGGGCUUCUUUGCCGAUGUUGGACCAUUGCAAGUGUUCGUCUCCAACCAUUUGAUCCCCUCGUAUCUCAAGUUCGACCCAACUUCCAAUCCGCCAGCGUAUAUCGGCGAAGGACAGGAUGCACAAGACUUGAGGAUCGAAAAGGGCGAGGGUGUACGAAUGCGCAUCGUUGGCAUCCGCACAGAUGCAGCUGAUAUUUUUGCCAUCGGGACCAUCAAGGAGGAUUUCCUUGGACCGACACCCGAAGUGUGAUCAAGAGUGCCUCCCAUCCUCUCUGCGGCACCGACCCCGCUCAUCCUCUCAUCUCCACUUUGCUGUCGGCCGUGCACAAGUCGGAGUUAUGUCAGGGCGAUGCUGGCCAAACGAGCGGCUCGGCUGAUCGGAAACUAUCGGUGGCCUACCCACCGUAGGCAGAGAUCAGUUGGCACUGCCUCAAAAUUCCAAAUGUCCACAUUUUGGAUGGGAAUACACACCGUCCAUCAUCCCAUCUCAAUGCAGCCAGGGACACGUCGCGAUUUGCGGGUCGGUCAUGGUUCAUGUAUAUCAACCAUGGGAAUUGUGAAAUGCGACACCAUUGGGC